AUGAAGAACGCAGCGAAAUGCGAUACGUGGUGUGAAUUGCAGAAUCCCGCGAACCAUCGAAUCUUUGAACGCAAGUUGCGCCCGAGGCCGUCCGGCCGAGGGCACGCCUGCCUGGGCGUCACGCCCCGGUCGCUCCGCGCGCCCCAACCCGUCCCCUUUCGCCCCGCGGCGGGGCGGGCGGGCGGGCGCAGCGCGGACGCGGAGGCUGGCCGGCCGUGCGCGCGCGCGCGCGCGGCGGGCCAGCGCUCGGCCCCGCGGGGCGCCGCGGCGAGUGGUGGGAGUCUCUGUUCAUCGUCGCCGCGGCCGCCGUCCGUCGUCGGGGAGGAGAGAAGAAGAGAGACGGAACCCAGGCGCGAGCGCGGCGCGACCCCGCGGGGGCCCGCCGCAGUCGGACCACGACAGGUCAGGCAGGGCCACCCGCCGAGUUUAAGCAUAUAA